GUCUGUACAAUAUUAUUUAUUGCUCUAUGCCGAGAAUGUUGGAACGAUUUCAGUUGGCGAACCACCACCUUGUCUGCACGCUGCGGCACCGAUUCACCAUAGUCCCACUUCAGUCAUUCAAGUAGUGCAACAUGCCCGCAGACAAGAAACCGAAGUUCUCAGAUCUUAGUUUCAGGUUCUUCAACCCAGUUCCGAAGAGUGUGGCUUCUGGGGGCGCUGCGACUCGCGAACUGAAGAAAUCAAGACAAACCUACAAAAUUUUAGACAGCGGGUUUCUGCAAUAUGUCCCUAAGGUUGCCCAGCCAGGCUCAAGUCAUGGUCAUGGUGGCCUACCACAGCCAUCAUAUGCCCACCCACCGGCACACCAAGCUGAACUCUUAGAACCUCCUCCAUUUCCAUCUCCAUCUCUGCCGCCGCCGCCGCCUACACCUGCACCUGCACCUUCGCCCGCGCCCGCACCUCCAUCUUCACUUGCACUUGAACCUGAACCUGCAUUUGCAUUUGCACCUUCGCCUGCACCUCCAUCUUUACAUGCACCUUCACCUGCACCUCCAUCUUCACCUGCACCUCCAUCUUCACCUGCACCUUCACCUUCACCUUCACCUUCAUCUUCACCUGCACUUCCACCUGCACCUCUACCUUCACCUGCACUUUCACCUGCACCUCUACCAUCACCCGCACCUCUACCAUCACCUGCACCUCUACCCUCAUGUGCACCUGCACCUGCACCUGCACGCAAACAACUUGCUGAUUCACCACUGAUUGUCGGCCGUUUGCACGCAAUCCCGAACUGGAACUGGGACACCGCAAGCACUUACAGCACGGAUUCAGACUCAGAUGACCAAUCGUCUCUGAUGGACGUGGAGUGGGGAAACUCGGAGGAUAACAAUUACAGGUUGAACCCUUUUAGGGCUGAUAAUAUCUCAGACUCGCUCCCCCACAAACUCCAACCGCUUCUGUUGUCACGUCCAGUCUGUCCUCAACACCUACAAGGCAACCAGACCGAUCGAGCUCAGUCACGUGGGGUUGAUGCGCGUGUUCAUUCCAUCAGCAAAGAAUCUUCCCUGUUUGGAGAUGAGACAGAUCACUCCAUCAGCGAGGAAUCUUCCCCAUUUUGGGACGAGAAGGACCACUCCGUCAGCGAGCAGUCUUCCCUUUUUGGCGACGAGGAGGCAGAUCACACCAUCAGCAAAGAGUCUUCCCUUCUUGAGGUCUCGGAUGAGACAAACCGCACCAUCAACGAAAGGUCGACACCUGCAAGUUUGCCACGAGACCGCACAGUGUUGCCUCGUGUCGGAUUGCAACCUCCUGCGGGGCGGCAUUAUUCUUGGACUCCCUCUAAUGUCGGACUACAGCAUCCCAAGGUCCAGCAUGAUGCUCGGAUGCCCUCUAGUGUCGGGUUCCAGCCUCCUGCAGGGCAUCAUUAUGCUCUGACUCCCGUUAAUAUCGGGCUACAGCAUCCCAGGGUUCAGCAUAAUGCUCGGAUGCCCUCGAGUGUCGGGUUCCAGCCUCUCGCUGGGUGGCAUAUACAUUGGAUGCCGUUGAGUGUGGACGCCAGUCGCAUGAUCAUGUUGCCAUCUUCGAACCCGACAUAUCCUCAUGCGAUAAACAGCGCGUCUCCGCCAAGCACUCAAUUCCAUCCAUCUGCCAACGCUUCCAGAAUCUCACCCCCGAGUACAUCGUGUAGGCAUGAUGCAUACAUACUGGGGACGAAGCGGGGCUGAGAAGACAUCGAGGGCUCGAAAGAUGGUGUAUGAUGUAGGUAGAGAACUGUGUCGCAUAAAUUAAGUACAUCGUAGUGGUAGUGCUGUUGACCGUCGCGCUAGUUCGCACCUCCGCCGGCUUCUUCCGAUUACUGAUUCUCUCUUACCUCUC